AUGAGCGUUUUACCAGCUACAACUUACCAAUCUCCGCCACGGCUGGCCCGUGGUCGACAACUUAAUACUAUUAUUGAAGAGAAAGAGGAUGGAAGCCAAGGCGCGAAGAGCGAUAGUGAAGGCGAUGGAAGUGAUUCAACAGUGAUCGGUCGUCCCGCAGCAUGGGACGCCCAGCUCUUUAUUGCAGCUCCUCGAAAGAGCUCGUUGGCAACAACCACCUACCCAUCUUCUCCAGUCUCUUCUGCCGGCCUCUCUCCGUCCAGCAGUGCUGGCGAGGGGUUCAAGCGCAAUUCAGCGCGAACUUCAUACUCCGACAGUAGCGAUGCAGGGACGAUCUUUAGUGACGAUGGUGCAUCUCUUGCCAGUGAUCCUACCACCUUUGCCUCCGACUCCAACAGAAAUAGCUGUGCAAGUAACCGAUCCAGUCGGAACAGGUAUCCAGCUCUGCUGAUCCCCAGAGGCUCAUACAGUAGUGUGGAUGACAGCCCCAUCAAAGAAAUCACCCUGGGAAUGUCUCCAGCGACAAAGAUCCGGCUGUCUCCCAUGGCAUUGUCUGCACUGCCUAGGGAUGUCCCUGAAAGUGAUGCACCACCCUCAUUGGGAGACAGCAACAGUACCACGUCUGACUCACCAUGCAACCUCACAACGAGCGCUCCCGUUACUCCAGACAUGAGGCAGCUUGAGAUUGCGCAAGGGGAGACCUGGGGUGUCCCCCCACCAUCAGCUGCUCUUGUAUCACAACCUCUUGAGAUAGCGCUGGAUGACGGCCAUAGUGUGAUCCUAUCACCUGCAGAAGCUCACUCUGACCACCACUCCUCCAUUGUUCUGUCACCCGCAGCAUGGACGGAGAUGGUUGUAAGCUUCCCCCAAGUCCCUGGCGCUACACCUCAAGAUCAAUCGCCACUGAUGCCGACCAUCGACGAGCUAAAGACAUUUGAGGAGGGCCCAUCAGGCCUAAACGAGUCCGACCGGGGAGUAAGGCUGCCUCUAGAUGCGUUGCAGGUCCUCCAGCGCCUUGCAAGGCACAGAAGCCUGGACAACAAAUCUCCUUCGUCAGGAUCUGGAUCUUCCAAAAAGUCUGGAAACCCCCAGGAAAUGCGUGAGCUUACUGAUCCGAGCCCCACAAGCAGACCACGUAGCGCAGAUGGCCAGACUCCUAUCUCGGAUUACAGCUUCACACAGCUUAGUAUUCCAUCUCCUGGGGGCUUCUUCUCGUCAUUGCAGCAAGGCUCGCGACAUACCUGGUGCCUCGGCAAGCCCAGAGCCCCGAGCCAACCGAGUACCGCCACGGCUGAAAUGUUCUACAAUCGACCAUUUGACAUUCCAAGCCCAAACCACGUGGUCGAAACGGUGCUUACGGUCGAAGAUACAGACUUGACAGAAGGCCCACCCACGGCACGGCAAGCCACAUAUAUACCAACAGACAGUGUUCAACAACGUAGCAGUCAGCGGUCCGAGGAUGACGACCUGUACGGACCUGGGGAUGAUGCCGACAAGACCGCGGUCUUACGUGCCAGCUUUGAGUACGAUGAGAAAUAUUUUGAUGAGCUGAAGCAAAGUGCAAGCCGGAAUCUUGAUCUGACAGGUUCAUGGCUAGCAGCUCAGACAGGCUACCUGUCUGCCAUUCUUGACUCCGACCCCAACAAGGCCAAUGCUGAACCAGAUGACAAGGCUGAAGAAGCAGCAGCAGCAGCCAAGUCGACUGCUAAGGGCAGUGUCGCCGAACGUCGAACAGUGUCAUUCUCCAAUGAGAUCAAGGUCGACACUGCCAUAGUUGUGGCCGAGCCCAGCAACGACAGCCCUGAAAGCGAAGCAGAUACCAAAGAUCCGAUGUUCCUUACCGCAUUUCAAUAUCUUCUCAGCAAUCGCAAACGACGGGACGCUUUCAUACAUGCAAACUCGCGGCUAGAAGCCAUUCAAGCCUGCCGGGUGGCCAUGCCGGAGAAGCACAUCACAAAUCUGCUAGGCCAACAUAUUCUUCUCGAGCCGGUAAGACCCAAAUAUACUGGGCCCUUUGGUCACAACCCGCGUUCCACAGGAGUGCCUGCGACUGCAGAACAGAUAGCCUAUAAGGCUGCUGAGCGCGAGCAGCUCGCGCUUGCUUCGGUUGAGCCAUCGAAUUGGCAGAUCGACGCUUUGCGUGCCAUGUAUGGUGGACGGCUUCUUGCUUCACAAGCAGCUUGUAAACGACUGAAGAGCAAAGCAACCAUUCCUCUGGAUGACCCGGCGUGUAUUGGCAACAAGAGAAUUCGAAUCUUGGACAUCGGUGGCACAGCAUCGGCCUCAUGGGCUUGGAAUGCUGCGCUCGAAUGGCCAAAUGUCAAGGUCUAUACCGUCAUCACAAAAGCUCAAUCGCAGUCUCAGCGACCGCCAGGCGAACCAAAGCCAACGGCACCUGGUAACCAUCGGACCGUCUCUGUGCCGCACCUAUGGCAACUACCAUUCCGGAGUGGCCACUUCGACGUCAUUUCAGCACGAUCACUCCACGUACUCCUCAAGAACAACCCCGUACCUGGUGUUCCUGAGAUUGACGAAUGGGAUUUGACACUUCGUGAGUGUCAAAGAGUGCUCAAACCAGGUGGGUACAUUGACUACAUGAUCAUGGACUCUAGCAUUGCGCACGCUGGACCCAGAGCUGAAGCAAUGUCCGUCGAGUUUGGGUUUGAACUCCAUCGACUUGGAUAUGAGAGAGAGGCUGCGCGAAGCUGGCUGCGUCGGCUUAAAAAGGAAGGUUUCGUUGGCGUCAAACGGGCCUGGAUGUUCAUGCCUAUGGGCCGGAAACCACCGAAAGUAACCGAAGAGCACAUCCAUGGAUAUAUGGGAGGGUGGCAGUCGUGGAGGCAAGGCGCGAAGCCGUUUGUUCCUGCACCCCGACCCAUCAGCGAAGUGUCGACGAUCAGCAAGAUCGUCGGGCAGUACAUGGAUGUGGAAGCCGUGCAGGGCCCUGUCGGCAGUGUCGAAGACGUGGCCGACCUCACAGGCCUCCUUGGCGCUCGAAUGUGGGAAGAGUGGCUCGUCAAGGUCCGCGCAGAGUCCGGACGAGAGCAGUCACGCUGGCUGGAAGACGUGGAUGAAGUGAUCCAGGAGGGUAAGGAGAACGGAUCGGGCUGGAAAGUGUUGGUUGGGUGGGCAAGGAAGCCUAAACCAGAGAAGGGGAUGAAGCUUGAAAGGGCGGAGAUCACAGUUGCUGUCGAGGAUCUAGAGGAGCUGGCAUCUCCGGAGGAUGAAAGUGCUGAGACGGGGAUGAUUCGUAUGUUGAUUCAGGAAUGA